CUUGGAGCCCGUUGUGUUGUGACGUCAUAAGAGGUGCGCUUCCUGCGCUGCCUCUCGUUUUCUCGGUUGAGGUAGCAUUUAGGAUGCAAAUUAAACGAUACAAAAUACCGCUUAUUUUUUAAACAACUAAAUAUUUAAACAUAAUUCAAUAUUAUGGAAGCAAUGUUAAUUAAGAUUACAGAAUUGUAAUAAUUUAUUGUAAAGUACUUAGAGUUGUUCCACUAAUAAACAAAGAGAUUUACUUCACUUUUUCAAGACAUUCAGGUCUGUUCCUGUAGAUGCUGAAGAAACAAUCUUAAAUGACACAAUCUUCAGUGAGGUCACUAUCACACCAGUUCAUCUAUAAAUACUGUGAAGAAGUCAAACAAGCAGCUGCUGUCACAACACAUUCAACUACUCUACUAUUCUGAUCCACUGUUGUAAUGAUGGAGUGUGUUAAAGAGGAGACUGAUCCUGAACCAUUCACAAUAACACCUCAACAUACUCAACAACAAAGAGACCUCGUGGAAAUUAAAGAGGAGGAUCAAGAAAACGAUGAAGUGGACGAUGAGUACUACAGUUUCAUAAUUGAAGAAAAUUCUUUCGGCUCCUCAGAAACUGAUGAGAAAUCCACUCAAGAAAGAACUGAAGCCAAAAAAUCUUUUGCUUGCCAUCUUUGUGAUAAGAGUUACACACACAAAGGGCAGCUAAACUAUCACAUAAGGAUUCACACUGGUGAGAGGCCUCACGCAUGCCCCUACUGUGAGAAGACUUUCGUUAAAAACAAUCAGCUUAAGGUUCACAUAGGCAUUCACACGGGUGAGAGGCCGUUCGUCUGCCCUCAGUGUGAUAAGGGUUUCCGAACAAAAUUAAGUCUAGAGAGCCACAUACGAGUUCACACUGGAGAGAAACCUUACACCUGUCCUCACUGUGAUAAGUGUUUCCAAUCAAAAUCAAAUCUAGGGAGUCACAUACGAAUUCACACUGGAGAAAAACGUUUUACAUGCCUUCAAUGUGAUAAAAGUUUCACACAAAACUCAAGUCUUAAGACUCACAUACGAAUUCAUACAGGUCAGAAGCCUUACUCGUGCCAUCUGUGUGGUAAGAGUUACAAACAAGCACGAAGUCUCAAAGAUCAUCGCUGUUUCACUCGGACAAAGAGCUGUGAUUAGUGGGGUCAUCAAAAUGCUCGUACAAGCGAGAGGCCGUAUUUGUGUUCUGUUUGCACAUGUUAGAUGUCUCCAUUAUCAGAUACAAUUCAGGUCUUAAAGUCUGUACUACAUUUCUAAAACAUUUACCCACUCGGUCCCUCUUAAGUAAAAUGGGCUGCCAUCCUUCACCUGAUCGUCUGUGACCACUGAAUCCUUCAAAAAUCUGAAGACACAACUCCUCUGCAUUCAUUAGAUUAUCCCUAAUAAUUCACAGCUUUCCAUUGUUAACUUCAUCAUUGCAAUCAAUAUUAUUUAUUAAUCUCUCUUUUAUGCUGUUUAGCUUGAACAGUUUACUUGUGAGUUACUUUGUGUACUGUGCUUAUUGUUGGCAUUUAUGAACAAAAUGUUAAAUGCUCCUCCAUUUGUAAAUUUGUUUAGGAUAAAAGCGUCUGCUAAAUAAAUAUAAAGUAGUAAAUGUAUUAAUGAUGUAAUGAGUUAAAUCAGUUGUUAGAUGAAGGAGAUGAGUUGAGUAUCACUGAAUUACUGGAUCUGAAAGAUUACUAGAAGCUAUCAUAUAUGGCAAGCCAUUUUAGUUUUUAUUUGUUGAGUUCUUGAUAUCAACAAUUCAAUUUUCACUAGUUAAAAUUUUAAUUCUUGAUAUCAGAAAUUACAUUUCUACUAGUAACAAUGUUAAUUCUUGAUAUCAACAAUUCAAUUCUUUGUCAACAUUUUAGUUCUUGAUAUCAGCAAUCGACUUCUUGAAUUCGAUUGUCACUAGUGACAAUUUUAAUUUCUGAUAUCAUGAAUGGGAUUGUUACUAGUAAGAAAGCCAUUUUAGAUAUCAGAAAUUAUAUUGAUAUCAGAAAUACAAUUUCAAAUAACAGAAAUUAACAAUUGUGACAAUCAAAUAAUUUAUAUCAAGAAUUAACAUUUUAACUAGUAACAAUUGAAUUCUUGAUGUCAACAAUUGAAUUUGAAUGUCAGUCUAUGGUGACAUUUCACUAGUGAAAAUACAAUUACAGAUAUCAAGAAUUAUCAUUGUUACUAGUGGAAAUGUCAUUCUUAACUGAUUUGUUGAUAUCAAGAAUUAAAUUGUUAAUAUCAAGAAUUAACAUUGUUACUAGUAGAAAUGUAAUUGUUGAUAUCAAGAACUCAACGAAUAAAAGUUAAAACGGCUUGCCAUAAUCAUAACAUGCAUGUGUUGACCACCUGCGUUCGUCCACAAUAAUUUAAUG